AUGCAGUCCAAAAUAUCGACAUUGAUUCUCACCCUCGCCGGUAGAGCCUUUGCUGCACGGCAUCUUCCGUUCAACCUGCCAAACGUAACUUCACCUACGCCCUUCAAACUCGAGGUUGACCAAGAUGUCAUCAACUUUGCCAAGGAACGGGCAAGCACCUUUCGUGUCACGCAAAGUGUUUACCCAGGACUGACUACCGAGGGUGGUUCUACAGAACGAAUGUCCGAGCUGGCCAAGUACUGGGCAGAAGAGUAUGAUUGGGAAGCCCAGUUGGUCAACAUCAACCAACUCCAGCACUUUGCCACUACUGUUCCCGGCAAUCGUGCCUAUGACGCCCCUAUUCCUCUUCAUUUCACCCACCAUGCAUCCCCCAACAAGACCGCGAUCCCACUACUCUUCAUCCACGGAUGGCCAUCCAGUCAUCUGGAGUGGGUGAAGCUCAUCGAGCCACUGUCUGACGCCUUCCACAUCAUCACUGCCGAUAUUCCUGGUUUUGGCUUCAGCCCAGCGCCCACGCAACCCGGCCUUGGCCCGCGCGAAGUAGGGAUCGCCUUCGACUCUUUGAUGAAGCAGUUGGGCUAUGAGACCUACGGCAUCGUCAUCACAGACAUUGGGUGGCUCGUCGGACAAUGGAUGGCUGUCGACGUAGCUGACAGUCUCAUUGGUUACUUGACCGAUUUUCAGCUGAACAAUGUCACAGACGAAGAUUUGGAGCGGGUGGCGAAAAACGAGACAACAGCCGAGGAGAACGACUUCAUUGCAUCGACUCUGGCAUUCGCCAACGAUCACUUUGCCUACUCCAGCAUUCAAGGCCAGAGCCCCUUGACGCUGGGCUGGGCCAUGUCUGAUAGCCCGGUGGGUGUUGCUGGCUGGUACUGGGACCUCAGGGGGUUGUCCAGUGCUGGCAACGAAUACUCGUAUGACGAGAUCAUCACAGACACGUUGGUGAAUUGGAUCCAAGACCCUUAUAACAAUUUCCGAAUCUACGUGGAGUCUUUGAAGCCCGAGACUCUCAACUUCCCCAAGAGCAAUAUCCCAGCCGGCAUCACCCAAUGGUCACUCGAGGGUGGACCAUUCCCCGAACUCGCAAACUUCGCAUUCGCUCCGCGAGACUGGGCAGAGCGUACAGCCAAUGUCGUGUUCUUCCGGCGCCACGACUUUGGCGGCCACUUUCCCGCCCUGCACGCCCCCGAGGCUUUCGCUGAGGAUAUUCGGGCAUUCUACUCUAGCCUAUAG